CUACACAGUUCUGGUUAUUUUUCCCCUCCCCAUUCGCCUCACCCCCUCUCUCUCUCUCUUUCCGGCCGGUUGUCCUUCUUCACCGGUGCCGUCUCCACCGGCCCGUAUCUCUCUCUCGUUCGUUCGUUCUUCACCGGCGGAUACACCGCAUCUUUAGCUGCCAGCUCACACCAUCAUCAGCCACCCCUUCAUCUUGCUGUCGCCGGAAAAGAGUGGGAGCUCGCCGAAGCUAACAACUUUCCCCUCCAAAAUACUUUUCUUUAGAUUAAGAUUGUGAAAGCCAAUUCCUGCCUCCUCUGUGAGUGGCAAUUCCUGCCCAGCCUUGCGGUUCAUUUUCACCAAACCCAAAUCAACCACCCUGUUUUCUUUGCUAACUGGAAUGGUGGGACUAUCUCUUGGAGAAAAGCACUUCAUAGAGGGUGGCAUUGCUCAAGACCUUCGUGCUGAUGGUCGAAAGAGAUUAACUUACCGUCCUAUUUGUGUUGAAACUGGAUUUAUACCCCAGGCAAAUGGUUCAGCAAGAUUCAGUAUGGGGGCAACAGAUGUUAUUUCCAGUGUGAAGGCUGAACUUGGAAAGCCGAGUUCUUUGCAACCUGACAAAGGAAAGGUCACCAUAUAUGUUGAUUGCAGUCCAACCGCAGAACCAAUGUUCAAGGGUAGAGGGGGGGAUGAAUUGUCAAUGGAACUCUCAGUUGCUCUUCAGCGUAGUCUCUUUGGUGGUAAAAGUGGAGCUGGGGCUGGAAUUGAUCUCUCAUCUCUAAUAGUUGUGGAGGGAAAGAUUUGCUGGGAUCUUUACAUUGAUUGCCUUGUUGUUAGUUCAGACGGGAAUCUGCUAGAUGCCCUAGGUGCUGCAAUUAAGGCUGCUUUGAGCAAUACAGGCAUUCCAAGGGUUAAUGUUGCAGCUGGUGCGUCAGGCGAUGAGCAACCAGAGCUUGACAUUAGUGACGAAGAAUUUCUGCAGUUUGACACAUCAGACAUCCCUGUUAUAGUUACAUUAACAAAGGUGAGUAGGCACUAUAUUGUAGAUGCCACUUCAGAAGAGGAAUCCCAAAUGAACUCCGCUGUCUCUAUUUCUGUCAACAGGAAAGGACACAUUUGUGGGCUGACUAAACGAGGUGGUGCAGGCUUAGAUCAUAGCAUCAUUCUCGACAUGAUAUCUGUGGCAAAACACGUGAGUGAGCAGCUAAUGAACAAAUUAGAUUCUGAGAUUGCUGCAGCUGAAGCUGAUGAAGAUGAAUCAUGACAUUGUUAGUCCCUCUGACUGUGUUCUUAUCAAGUGGUAGUGUUGUUAACUUACCUAGGUGAUGAAAGGUAGAAUGACAUGUUGUACAAUUUCCAUUUUUUUUUUAAAACAUAGCGUAUUUCACAGAGUUGAGUCUGCAUAUCAGCUUAUGUUUUGAAUGGAAUUAGGCAGACUUUUUCUGCAUCAUUGCUGCUUAUUGCCAACCCAAAUUAUGUCUUCACUUGGUUUGGAAAAUGGAAACACAGCAUGGCGUAAGCCCUCUUUGGUGGAGUGCCGAGUUAUAUGUUUACUAAAUCUAAGGAUGUUUCUUUAGGUAUAUAAUGAUUUAUGGCCUAUGGGAAUUGGUUAUGACCGGAAUUAUGCUGUUCAUAUUUCUGGAAUUUGUGUCAAAUUAAUUGAUAAGUGCUCUGCAAAGUUCA